CAAAACAGAUGCCACCACAAAUCAGCUACAGAGGACGUCAGCUAAACCAGUCAGCAUUACUCCCGGGUGGAGUGGAGCCUACGUUUGUGUGAGAAGACUGAAAAGAAAGGCACAGACGACGACUCACCUAGACGGCCCUAGUUAGUUAGCUCCAACCAAGGUUAAAUUAGUUAUUCGUCAAUCCCAAAGUUCCAAAAAAAAACGCUUCUCUGACACAGAAGAAAGCUGAUGAUAUCUUUCAAGGGAAACCUACGCUGACGAGGAUACAAAUCUUGGCAUGAUACCAGCUCUGAUUGCAGGUCUCUCGAGGUUGUCUAAAAAUAGAUGUGUUCACAGCCUUACUGUAUUGAGGUCAGCUCACUAGGCGGCAGACAUCGCUAUGGCCCAGGAGACCAAUCAGAGCCCAGUACCUAUGCUCUGUGCCACUGGCUGUGGUUUCUAUGGCAACCCUAGGACUAAUGGCAUGUGCUCUGUGUGCCACAAGGAGCACCUGUCAAGACAGAAUAAUGGAGGAGUCGGUUCUUUGAGUGCUGUGGGCAGCAGCAGUGGCCCCACAGCUGAGGCUUCUGCCAUCCAGAGGUUAGGGGCCACCUUUAAUAAUGCUGCAGCUGCUGCAGUCGCUGCUGCAGAGGUGGCAGCUGAGGCGGUCGCCUCUGCUGAGGCUGUUGACACCAAGGCGCUCAGUGGGGUUUCAACGGCCAUUUCUGUAACACAACAGAUGACUGAAAUGAGUCUCUCCUGUGAGGAGAAAGGGGCGUCAGGGAGUACAGUAGAGCUCACAGAGCCAGUGGUGAGUCAGCCCACAGUCUCAGCCUCUCAUCCCUCCACUGCUGGCAGUGAAGAGUCCAAAACCCCAGAGCCCCCAAAGCCCAAGAAGAAUCGCUGCUUUAUGUGUCGCAAGAAGGUUGGCCUUACAGGCUUUGACUGCCGCUGUGGGAACCUGUUCUGUGGACUUCACCGUUACUCCGACAAGCACAACUGUCCGUACGACUACAAAGCUGAAGCUGCUGCCAAGAUUCGCAAAGAGAACCCCGUGGUUGUUGCUGACAAGAUCCAGAGAAUAUGAAGAAGACUCUUAGUUUGACUUUGAAUACUGGGAGCGAUCGGAUUGAAGAAAAAAAAAAAAAACAUAGACUUGAGCCCAACCUUCUCUGUGAAGGAUCUGUUUUUCUUUUCUGGUUUGUUACACAUUCAGGACAUUUUUUUCCCCCAGUGCAUGAAAGUUCAUGUAUAUUUUCAGCUUUGUUCUUGUUUGGGUGUGAGUCUAACACUUUUUUGAGGCUUGUAUUGAACAAGCAAAUAGUGUAUCUGGGGACUGGGCGUGGGUGGGGGUUAUUAUGGGAAGUGACUGAGGGAGGUUACUGAAGAAAAAAAGCCCCUUUUAGAAAAUGCUGUUGAUGGCCGUAGAUGGCCGUCCAGUCUGUUUUGUGGUCCUGCUGAGGUCACUUGAACUCUGCCUGGAAACGCUCAGAUAUUUUCGGGCUGUUGUUUGGACUCAGACUGUUACUGCUGUUGGCUGAUGGCACCAUCUCAGCCGUGCUUGCUCUCUGCUGGCUUGAGUAGCAAAAUGGAUAUAUCUCUCUCUCUCUCUUCUUUUUUUUCUUUUUUCUGGCCUUCACUAAACUCUGUGAGGUCAGAGUCAAACCCUCUUGACUGUCAAACCCUGUCAGACUUUGCGUCCCGGUAAGUUAUUAUCAACCUGAAAUGCUUCUCUGUGCUGCCGGAAUCUCGUCCACUCUGGCCCUGCCUGCGACACACAGCUCAGACAUAUUGCUAAAAAGACUUUGAGAAAGAGACUUUGUUGCAGGCCCUUUCUUGCUGGCUCAUAUCCCCUCCCUCCUGCUGUGUGUGCGGCACUAGGAACACAAUGUAGUUUGACGGUGUAUUUCAUUUUUCUCCCACUGAUCUUGGACUGAAUGCUGUGACUCGCCCUGUGUCCGGGAUCUGGAAGGACAGGCACAUGGACUUCUGCUUUUAAGGUCUUUAAAACCAUCCACUGAAGUCACAUGAUGAGACAUGUCACCUGACUGUGACGUUUGUUCCCUGUUUUUUUUUUUUUUUUCUUUUUCUUUUUUUUUUUGGUUGUUGUUGUUUUCCAGAAAAAUGGUUUGUAUGUUGUGUGUUGUUGUAUGACAAGUAGCCUACACUUGUAUUAAUUUUUUGCCUUUGGAAGGGUUUAGCUCCACUAAUAUUUUCAUCUUUUACUUCACUAUUGAAUGUUUUCUUCUAUUUUUAAUGUGAGCUGACAAAUUCAUGACAUCGG